CGGCGGAGCCUCCUUAAAACUCUGCCGUUAAAAUGGGGGCGGGUUUUUCAACUCAAAAAGCGCUCAAUUUUUUUCUUUUCAAAAAAAGCUGAUGAGGUCGGAAAAAAGGGAUAAGAAACCGGCACAGUACCUUCAGAGGCAACCGUAGCAGCAGUUGCUUCAGCGGAAAAAGAAGCAAAGGAGGGAGGGAAGGGAAAGAUCCUAAAGGAAAGACGCGCAAGUGUCUGUAGCGGAGAAGGGAGCGGCGAUCAGAGAUUUGGGGGAGUCGGACUACAAAAGAAACUGUCAGCUGCGGCUCGCGACCGGCCGGCGCAGCCUGCCUCGGCUCCGGAACCCAACUGGCUGGCAGCCGCUGUCCUGUCCGCGGCACUGAUAGGGGCACAGGCCGGAGGACCGCCAAGAACUAACUGGCCAAGUGGCACCGAGCGCCCGAGCUGCUGGGCGGCCGCCAAGAAGUUGGCGGGACUGGCUGCGCCCGGGAUCUGUGGCGACCGCUCCUACUUCCAAAGACCCUUCCCAUCAUCGGACGCCCCGGGAAAAUCUGAAAGGGAGGGAACGACAGCGGCAGAGGCGACGGCCGCCCCUCAGCGAGCGCUUGCAGUGAAGAGCCUGAGCUAGCUCGGUCGUAGGCGGGAAGUUACUGGUGAGCUGGCCGGGUGCAAGAGCGAUGCUGCCGCGAGCUACCCCAGCGGCUGGAGCCCCAUAGACGCUUCCCCCUUCGCCGUGCACCGUCUUCAGGCUGCCGGGAGUCCCGGGACCCGGCGGGGCCGGCAUGACGGGCUUGGCGGGGGUCUGCCGCACACCCACCAGCCUCCGGAGACCCGCGCCCUGCCCGGCUCCCACGGCCUCUGAGGCUCGGCGGGGCUGCGGCAGCUCGGCGGGCGGGCUCCGGAGGCUCUUCUGAAGACGCCGAGCCCGCUAGGGAGUCGUUGAGACCUGAGAGUUGAGGGCUUCAGAGCUGCUGCUCUGGUCUGCCCUCAGCGAUCGUCUUUAACCCUCCCGAGCACGUCAGCAUCCAGCCAGCGCGGCGCUCUGCUAGCGAGCGAGCAGCACUCUGGACUACCCCCUUCGGCUAGACGGAUGGAAAGUGAGCUCUGCGAAGGACCUGACUCUGAAAUUCUGCCUCAAAUCACCACUGUGAACAAGGGACCCUAAAGAAUGGCCGAGCCUUGGGGGAACGAGUUGGCGUCCGCAGCUGCCAGGGGGGACCUAGAGCAACUUACUAGUUUGUUGCAAAAUAAUGUAAACGUCAACGCUCAAAAUGGAUUUGGGAGAACUGCGCUGCAGGUUAUGAAACUUGGAAAUCCGGAGAUUGCCAGGAGGCUUCUCCUCAGAGGUGCUAAUCCCAAUUUGAAAGAUGGAACUGGUUUUGCUGUCAUUCAUGAUGCUGCCAGAGCAGGUUUCCUGGACACUGUACAGGCUUUGCUGGAGUUCCAGGCUGAUGUUAACAUUGAAGAUAAUGAAGGGAACCUGCCCUUGCACUUGGCUGCCAAAGAAGGCCACCUCCCUGUGGUGGAGUUCCUUAUGAAGCACACAGCCUGCAAUGUGGGGCAUCGGAACCAUAAGGGGGACACCGCCUUCGACUUGGCCAGGUUCUAUGGAAGAAAUGAGGUCAUUAGCCUGAUGGAGGCAAAUGGGGUUGGGGGAGCCACAAGCCUGCAGUGAAUGUGUAGAGGUCUCUCUCACUGACCUCACACUGUCCGUUAGUUGGUUGGCUGUCCGUUUCACUAUCACUUAUUAAAAUAUAGGGUUUCCUUUCGCUUUGUUUUCAUAUUUUAAGCAGCCAAAUCCUUCAAAACUGCCUAAGUGGAAAUCUUACUACAAGUUUAUGAAAUAUUUAAACUUCUUUUUCACUGUCAAAAUUCUGAUUUCUAACAUGUAAUAGCUAUUCCUUUUUUUCUGGAUAUUUUAUCUUUGAUUUUUUUUUUCUUUGCUUACCCUUUUUCAUUCUCAGUGUCUGACUUGGAGACUUUGUUUUAAAAAUUAUUUGUCCUGAUGCAUCUUUUGCCUAAUUAAAACACAUUUUUCCAGAAGAGGA